AUGUCGUCUCCCCAAUACACCAACCCAGUGAGCCAGCGACCGUUGACACCUCCUGAAUCCGAAGACGAUAUGAGUAGUCAACCUGGAUCCAAGGCUUCCAAAGCCUCACCGCCGCCGUCGUCGUCUGCGAUCGACUUCAACAAGGCUUCGCAGUUCGACUCUGGAUACUUCGGCGAAGCUGUACACGCUCCUGGAGAGAGCCCGGCGAAUACUUCAGAUGAAGAAAAAGAUGCGCAAAAGUCAGAUUCACCAAAAGGUUCUGCCAGCACGCCCAAGGCCCAAUCCAAAUCUUCGUCCCAUCUCCCAAUCACCCCAUCUCCGACACCCGCCCGACAUCGAACCUCCACGCCACAACCCAUCGAUAUAGAACGCCCAUAUACACCCACGCCGCUCUUCCCCAAGACUCUCAAUGGUCAGCAAUCGAAUAUCGGAGUGCCUCAAUAUCCCUAUACCCCCGAUAGCGCCCGCUCAGCACACGGUCGCUCCCAUGUGUUUCCCACUGUAACACCUCUGCCUUCUAUGCCAUGGACCGAUCCUGUAUCUCCCUCAGGGUCUCCCGUGCAAUCUGCGCUUUCCUCCUGUAUCUCUAAGUUGGAAAAUCUCAUCCAAUCCUCCCAGCCUAACGAUGUGCAAAUGGAGCAUAUUGUUGCGCAGUUCGAAUCCAUAUCUUCUUUCCUAUCCGCGCCAGAAUCCCAAACGAGGCAGACAGACGAUGUUCUGUUCACGGAAUUGGAAAACACUCUGAACGAGGAAGGCGACAAUGUCCACGCAGAUGGAAAGACGACGCAGCACGAUGGUGAAGGUCUCAAUCUUGCGGAAGUCCCUGAUCACCUAGUUGCAAAGGAGUACGUGGGCAAGGUUGGCCGCUACAUCCUGGGCGUAAAGAAGCAUGUCGACGAUCUAAAGUUGAGGAUGGAGGAAGUCAAGCUUUUGAACUCGAUUCAGGUCGACAUCAUCCAGGAUCUGAGAACCGAAUUGCGAACAAGAAUCCACGAGACCGGCGGGACGGGCAAUCUUUCCGCAACACCGAGCGAAGAUGAAGCCACUUCAUCAGGUGGAUCGACUCCUCGCCGAUUCGUACCACCAUACCAGGCAAGCUUCUGGGGUUCGGUACGCGAAGCUCUCGACCAAGUCGGAGACAUAUGGCUCGACUGGUAA